AUGAAAACUGUCGGACCACCGGCAUGGAUCCCGUGCCCAUGCAGGAUUACUCGGAUCCCUUUCCGCUGGCGAUCGGAACACCUACCCCGUAACCGCCCUGGCUGAUUUCUGAGCGGAGGACGGCGUCUUGAGCCUUUCCUUCCCUCUUCUUGUGCCCUUUCGCGUGUGUCACGAAUGGUACGAGGUUGAGGGCAUGGAAGGGUUGGCAUGCGAAAGGAAGGCUUCUUGCUCCGGACCGUUUCCUUUCCCACCCAUCCCUACGUGCCUCUCUACCACCUCUGCGGAGGCGUUCACCCGCACGCGGAAAGGCCGGAACACACAACGAAUAAAGCAAAUAAAAUCAAAAUGAUGGGGGAGAGGGGGUGGAAAGCACAUGUCCCGGGAAUUCCCUCUUUUCGACUUAGGUAUAUCGGCGCUGUACCAUGUCAGCCGCCAACGUUGUGUUUUCUUAGGCCUGGGCAUAACCCGGUGUUUGUUCCUGGUUGGGGCUUAGGGGCCGUUGGAGUAGGGUUAGCGUCCGCAGCGCCUAGAAAUAUCCAAGGGGGCCGAUGCCGGUUUGGCGAAGGGGUAAAGAUGGGUAUGCAGCACAGGGUCGCUUACAGUUUCGAACCCGUUCGGGACCCUGACAUCAGGGCUUGUGACUGUACCGGUAGACCACCACCGCCUCGACUGAACUGAUGUAGCUCACUCAGCACGCCCCGCUGUCAGGCCAGGUUCUGUCAUCAUCGCUGCUUUCGUGCCUGUUCGAUAUGUUUAUCCAGAGGGAGGAAGAGGACGGGGGUGAUGUGAGUCCGUCUCGCCCAUAGCGAGGGGUUCCUCGUUGAUGAUCAUGUUUUCCCCCGCCGAUCUGUCUCCAUCUUUUUUAUUUUAUUUGUUGCAUCAUCGACUGCCCGGAGUGUCUUGUCU